UGGCUCCAAAGCGGAAUUGUGCCGCCCCUUCUGCCUCCACAGCAUGCCAUUUCAUCUGCAUGUUUGCAUCCUGCGCGUUCCCGAUCGCGACAAGUUUCGAUUUUUGCAAAAUAAGUGAAAUUCGCCGGCUUUCUGGACAAUUUGCCCACAAACUAUUCGGCAUGUUCAUGUAUUCGGCCCAAGCAAUUCAGGUCUUCCACAUUGGUACCUCCAACCUAACCACGUAGACGAUGAAGACGUUCUAUUAGACUGGUGCUAGGUCAAGAUGUUAAAUAGAAAAGACACAACUACAAUGAUUAUCUUCAGCCAAUCGAGUGACGAUACCGAAAUUGUUCUCUCUUUGGAAUCCCUCACUCAAGCCGGCAUCAUCUUCAUCAUGGCCCUGGCCAUCAUCAUCACCAAUGUACUGAUUAUUGCCACUCUGGUGAAUUUUAGAGGUCCAUCGGAAGUGAUCAAUAGCUACCUUUUGUCCCUGGCAGUGGCCGAUUUGCUAUGCGGCGUCAUCGUGGUUCCACUUUCCGUAUAUCCGGCAAUAAUCAAAGACUGGGUAUAUGGGGAUGUUCUGUGCCGCCUGCUCGGAUACCUCGAGGUAACAUUAUGGGCGGUAACCGUCUACACGUUCAUGUGGAUCAGCGUGGAUCGCUAUCUGGCCGUGCGGAAGCCGCUGCGCUACGAAACGCUGCAAACGAAAACGCGCUGCCAGUGCUGGAUGGCCUUCACCUGGAUCUCUUCGGCCAUGCUGUGCUGCCCGCCACUGCUCGGCUUCAAUCAGCCCUUGUUCGAUAGGGACGCCUAUGUCUGCAUGCUGGAUUGGGGCAGCAUGGCCGCCUAUUCCGCCACCCUUUCCAUUCUGAUUCUAGGGCCCAGCCUAAUCACCAUCGUCUACACCUACUCCUACAUCUUCAUGAUGCUGAAGAGGUUGCGCAGCGGGUAUCCGUUCCACGACAAAGAGUACGCAACAGCCUUAUCGGAGAAUCUUUCCAACCCCAGCCACAUGAUGUCCUUCGCCUUAGUCGUCGCCUUCUGGUGCUCUUGGACGCCUUAUAUUAGCGUCAAGCUCUACGAGUACUUUACUGGCGUGAAGUUCCAGAUGCAGUUUCUUCACUUUGGCGUCGUCUGGCUGGGCUUCCUCAACUCCUUCUGGAAGGCGCUCAUUCUGAUCAUUCUGAGUCCGCAGUUCCGGUUUGCGUUGCGAAUAUUCUGCAUGACGAUUUGCUGCAAAUACAAAGGCCGCCUGCAGGCCGAACUGAUUGGCAUGGAAUCGGAUGACUGACUAAAAAGGAGCUGCCUGAAGAACCUCAACAUUCUGAAUCGGGAAUUCAGUCUCACCGGCCUGGCCAUGCACGACUUUGGCUUCAUUGUGGGCAAAAUGCGCAAGUAUUGGUGCCAAUCUUCCACCAAAACGGCACGGGAAAACGAUGGGAAACUCAAACGGCCGAUAUCGAUAUUGUGAUGAUGCGUUUGCAUUCGUUCGACGACUGAAAUGCGUGUUUUCUAAUAGGGAUUUUUUCAAAUUUAGCUGUAGCAGUUGAAAUUCGAGAUAAAUGCUCUUUUUUCACUCUCAAUCGGACAUUUGAUGGCCGAAAACUCAUAAAACUGCUAUUGGAUCGACCUAAAACUGGUAACUUUUUCGGGCUGUUAUUAGGCCGACUUGGAAAAUAAUUUCUUGCUGACGUUUCGUGAGCACGAGUGGCUUGCAGCUUCAGAGCUGUUAAAGUCACCUAAGGCCACGAGGCCUUGAAAUCGCGAAAACUCAGCAGUUUCAGCAAAUGAUUGAUCAGAAGACUUUGGUUUGAAACUGGUGAGUUUGGGAAACUGGCGUAAGAAACAUCAGCAAAAAAUUAUCUUCCCGAGGGCCCAAAAUUCCGAAAAACGCACGAGUUUCCUAAUUACAGUAUGCCAUACAGAAAUCGAUGCAGUUCCCGUUGGGACCUGUAUGGUCCUGCUAGCCCAAUAUACUAAUUUUUCACUCACAAUUGAAUAUUUUUUUAUCGAAUUCUAAACAAAAUGUCAAUUCAAUAUAAGCAAAAAAUGAAAUAAACUAUUGUACAGGGCGUUUAAACACUGCAAUUUUUUCUUUGUCAAAGAUUUAUUCUUUAUGCGUGCAACAUCGGGUACUGAGAGCGAAAAAAAGAAUACGAUGUCAUGACCUUAUGUCUUCUCAAUACUGUGGAGCUCGAAUCGUCUGCUUAUCCUGAGCCAUUUGAGAGACAUUCAUUUUUUUAUGGCCGGUCACAUUUUCCGCGCUAAAUAUUGCAGCAAAUGUAACCGGUCAUAACAAAAUUAAUAUCUCUAGAACGGCUAAAGGUGCAAAUUACUCAGAAGACCUGAGGCCAUAACAUCGUAUACUUUUUUGUUGACUGAUCAGUUGAUUGCAGAAGGAUUUCAACUUUAACCAACCUCCUACAUGAUCAUGGCACUAUUUAAACAGCCUGUACAAUAUGUGUUAAACUGUGAAAUUUUGUCCAAGAAUUUGAAGAAUUGAAGAAGAAAAGGCCUUUCGGCAUCAAAUGAUCCAUUGCUCUUUACUAUGGCCUGGAGAUAGAAUAGUUUCCUGUACAUGCUUGUAGAAUUAAAGAGCAUUUUCCUUGUUACAUAUGUUAUAUAUGUCAAUUAACAUAGACUAUUAAGCCACUUUAAGGUUCUAGAGUUUCAUUAAUCAAAUUUUAAAUCCACGCUGCUGUUUUAGAAGUUGCGGAUGAGAAGAGUUUCAAAUCAAAUCGAUUCAAUCAAACAUCGCCAGCUGUUAAUUAGUUCUAUGAAGGAGUUUAGUUUUGGCACAAUUUUGUACAAUAACUACUUUCUUAGGCGUUCGGGCACGUUAAAAUCGCCUCUUUCCGCAUCGACACCCUCUUUGACUUAACGAAACCUCGAUUGUACCUCCCUCUCAAUGAGCAAUUGUGUCGCCAAUGCAGAACUGCGAUCUGCCGCUUUCUAGGUUGGUACUUUUUACUACUAUUGACGCCAAGCUAGUUUGUAGGUUUUAAUGUAGAUAUCAUUCUAAAAGUGUACAGUUAGUAGAUUGAUGGCGCGGAGAUCGAGAAGCAUCAAUGGAAUCGACAAUUUUUACAUAACUGUGUUUUAGGCUAUUGUUAAGACACUUGUUUAUUGUUCUCAGCAAUUUUUGAUGUGUACUUGAUUUCAUGUUUUCUAACAAUAAUACACUUGGGGUGUCCAAACGGAUGGGCGGAUCAAACACAGGCAAAUCAGACCUGGAUGGCUACUGAUGAUGGAAACGAAUUGUUUUCGGACACCCUGUACACUGAUCUCGUAAUUUCGUUGUUACGUGGCAAUAAUAGAGAACAGUUUUAUUCGAUCAAUGUAGAAUUCUGCAUGUGACACGCUGUUAUCUGCUCAUCAUUUGAAUGACAUUUUGUAAUAUAGGAUACUAGUUUUCUACUGUUAACAAGCGCGUUAUCAAAAAAAUAAACUUUUAACUUGUCAAAAAACGUUGUUCAGAAUUAAAAUAUUUUAAAAUAAAUAUUUUAU